AUGUCACCAAUUGGAAAGCCACAUCCAAAGGAUAAAUUUACUCCAUCAGAGGAUCAGAAGUUGCGAAUGCUUGUUAGUGUUUUAGGUCCAAGUAACUGGAAGAAAGUCAGUGAGUACAUGGUUAGUCGAAACGCACGUCAGUGUCGUGACAGAUAUAAGAACUACUUGAGUCCAAACUUGAACAGCAGUCCAUGGAGUCAAGAAGACGAUGCUAAACUUCUUCAACUUGUUGACUUCUAUGGUCGCAAGUGGUCACUUAUUGCCAAAGAGUUCAAUGGCCGCACAGAUAUCAACAUCAAGAGUCGCUAUGCUCUUCUCAUGCGUCAAGAAGAAAGAGAUAAACAAAAGAGAGAAACAUAUGGAAAUACCUUGGAUCCUAUUUCAUAUAUAGAGACUCUUCCACAGGAUAAACCUGCUAAGGAUCAAGAGAACUUUGAGCUCUUUGACUUUAACAAUUUUAACGAUUUUGACCUUGGAUUUUGA